AUGCAGCGCUAUUAUUUAUGCAGCGUUGGCAAGGUAUAUCUCAGCCAUGGACACUCGGGCGCAUGGGACAAUGCAUUCAGUGGCAACGAUGUAUGUAUUUGUAAAAAUUUGCAGGUGGCGGGCUGCUGGGUGACGGGGCCGUCAGCUGGCCGACCCAAGGCGACGGUUCACUUCCUGGGGGGCGCCUUUGCAGGUGCGUCACCUCAGUUGAUCUACCCGCUGCUGCUGCAGACCCUGGCCAAGGCCGGAUACACCGUCAUCUCCACCCCUUACGCCGUCACCUUCAAGCACCUUGACUGCGCGCGCAACGUCCAUGAUAGGUUCAACGGGUGCGUGGAGGCGCUACGGGGCUCGGGGCAGGGCUUCCUGGUGCCGGAAGAGCGCGCGGUGCACGGGGUGGGCCAUAGCAACGGCGCUCUCCUGCAUGCGCUCAUCGGCGCCAUGUUUGCACCGGCCAACGCCAGCAACGCGCUCAUCUCCUUCAACAACAAACAGGUAAAGGAUGCGAUUCCGCUGUCGCUGGGCCCUAUUCAGGCGGCGGUGGGAGAUGGCAAUGUGGAGUUCAUCCCAACGCCAGCGGAGAGCAGGGCCCUGGUCCAGUCAGCGUACCGCGUGCCGUACACUCUGCUCGUGCAGUUUGAGAACGACGCCAUAGAUGAGACCCCGGAAAUGACCCGGAUCCUCAGCAGCGCAAACCCAGCAGGCACAAGCAGCGUGGUGUUGCCUGGGACACACAUAACCCCAUGCGGCGGUGACGUGGCGUGGCAGGUGGGCCGCAGCUUCUCGCCAGUGGACGCAGUUGCACUCGGGGUGAAGGCAGUUGUGCAGGCGGACAUCAGGCGGCUGGGGGACAAACUCAUAGGCUGGCUGGAGAGCCACUCGUAG